CUCGCCCUCGCACCUUGCAAGUCCUCAUAAGUGAAAGAGAAUGUAAUCAGUUAUCACUACGUUCUCAGAAGUCAGAAGUCACUGCGCACCUAAGACUUAAAAACCUAUUAUAAUACAAUCAAGUCCUAAAUUGUAUUUCUACAGAUAUCUACAGAAAUGGCUGAGUCUAAAGCUGAUAUUGCCCUUAUUGGACUGGCUGUGAUGGGCCAGAACUUGAUUUUGAACAUGGACUCUCAUGGAUUUGUUGUUUGUGCAUUUAACAGAACCGUUUCUAAGGUUAAUGAAUUUCUUGCAAAUGAAGCUAAAGGAACUAAAAUAAUUGGAGCAAAAUCACUGGAAGACAUGGUCGCAAAAUUGAAGAAACCUAGGAAGGUUAUGUUACUAGUAAAGGCUGGUUUUGCUGUAGACGAGUUUGUGAAGAAGUUAGUGCCUCUGCUAGAGAAGGGUGACAUUAUUAUUGAUGGUGGGAACUCCCAGUAUACUGACACACAGCGUUGGUGUAAGGAGUUGGAGCCCACUGGUAUCUAUUACAUAGGCAUGGGGGUAAGUGGAGGGGAAGACGGUGCUCGAUAUGGGCCUUCGCUGAUGCCUGGUGGUCACCCUGCUGCGUGGCCUCACGUCAAACCCAUUUUUCAGGCAAUCUGUGCCAAAGUCAACAAUGAGCCUUGCUGCGACUGGGUAGGCGAAGAUGGCGCGGGACACUUUGUCAAAAUGGUCCAUAACGGAAUUGAAUAUGGAGACAUGCAGCUCAUUUGUGAAGCUUAUCAUAUUAUGAAGGAUGUGUUGGGAAUGCAGCAAGAGGACAUGGCACAAGUUUUCGACGAAUGGAACAAGGGAGAAUUGGAUUCUUUUCUAAUCGAAAUCACUCGGGACAUUUUAAACUUUAAAGAUGCGGAUGGUAAGUACCUACUGCCGAAGAUCCGUGACGCCGCGGGACAGAAGGGCACGGGCAAGUGGACCGGCAUCAGCGCGCUGGAGUAUGGCGUACCUGUCACGCUUAUCGGCGAAGCUGUCUUCGCGCGAUGCCUCUCCGCUCUUAAAGAGGAACGCGUGAAAGCAUGUAAGGUUCUCCCAGGUUGUACAUACAAUUUCACUGGUGAUGAGAAGGAAUUCUUGGAGCAUUUGCGUAAAGCGCUUUAUGCGAGCAAGGUCAUAUCCUAUGCGCAAGGAUUCAUGUUGCUCAGAGAAGCUGCUAAAGUUAACAAAUGGAAUCUUAAUUACGGAAGCAUAGCGUUAAUGUGGCGUGGAGGUUGCAUUAUUAGGAGCGUUUUCCUCGGCAACAUUAAGGUAAAGUAAAUUGAUUUCCUGAUA